AUGAAAUUUCUUUUUUGAUGCGAGACCAAGCUUGUUCGCUCUGUGUGCAUUUUCGGCAACCCGCAGGUGGCUCAAUUACAGCGGGCUCCACACCUCUUCGCCAACAAAUUCCACAGUGACUACCAACCGGAGGCCUACGAUGAGAUGGAGCGGUGGUACUUCAGGAAAUUUGCAAAGGAACUGGAGACUGGAGUAUACGCUAGUGACGACUUUGAUGUAUCCAUCUAUGCAAAUCGGACCUGCUCACGCAAUCAUAAUUAGACAGAACUAUUUCUUACCCCUGAUAUAUUUUUUAUUAUCAUUUGUAAGAUUUGUUUAUACUUUUGUUUACCUUAAAAUAAAAUGA